CUACAAAAGGCGAUGAAGACAUAUCAUCAAUAUCAGAUGGAGAGUAAGCAAGCCGAAGAGGCUCUGAAGAAGGUCCAGUCACAAAAGGCGAAGGUGGAACAACAGCUCUCGGGAAAAUCCUUGUCGGGAAGCCGAAAGUUCAAGAAGAUUGAAAAAUUAGAAGAUGAGAAACAAGAUAAAUACUCCGUGAACAAAUUAAAAGCAUUACAUGCUAGGAAUGAAUAUUUGUUGAAUAUAGAGGUCGCCAAUGCAGCUAUAAAUAAAUACUUCUCAGACGAUGUCUCUGAUUUAAUGGAUUGUAUGGAUUUUGGUUAUCAUAAUUCUAUACGUGGAACGGUGAUGAUAUAUCAGACUGCUCACUGUAACAUGCGUAACUCGCACACGGCAGCUAUAGAUUCAUUAAAUGAUGUCAUAUCUCAAAUGGACCCGUUAACAGACAAACAAAGAUUCCUUGAGCUCAAUAACCAAGCAUUCAUGUUGCCGAAAAAAUUUGAAUUCCAGUCGUGUCGGGGUGACGAGGUCCGACAAAUCAGUGCUCAGAAACCCGUACAGGAUCAGUUAUUACAGAGUUAUAAAUCCUCACAGAAAGUUCUAGAACAGCUCAAACUGGAUAAUGAUGAGACAUGGAAAUCCCUUGAGGCUACAGAGAAGUCCCUUACAGAAUUGAUUAAUAGGAAAGAUAUAGAUGUAACCAGUUUGUUUACAGACGAAAACACGCCACCUAGGUCUCCGCAUGAGAGCGACAAGAAACGAGCACAGAGGCUCGAGACAGAAGGAUAUUAUCUACAUAAAUUUAGGUCAUAUACAUUGAGUAACAAUCGUAUAGCCAGGUUACAGGCCAAGUAUAGUGCCAUACAGAAGGCUUUAGGUGAAGAUAUGUCAUCGUCUGGUGUUAGAAUCAGGUAAAUAAAUCAUUCUUUUACAUAGUAAUACUUAUCCUCUUAGUGCAGUAAUGAGUUAAGUCUUUCUAAAUUUAAUAGGAGUUAACCAGUUAUUGCACUAAGCAAAAAAUCCUGUAUAUAAGUUGAUUAUCAUACAUUACCACUAUAAAAUUAAUAUGAUACCUGAAUCCAGUAUAU